AGACAUGCGUUAAUGACGUCACAGCUAGAGAUGUCACGUGAACGCAAUUUUGUCUAUUUAAUUUUCGACGGAAUUGGGCGCUAAAAGGGAUUUAUAUGACGCACGUAAAUUGAUUUAAAUUCAAUUAUGUUGGUAAAAUAUUGAAACAUGCCCAGUUUUUUUAUCUUUUCAUAAAUUAUCUUUUCUUCAGCGAGGUACGAGAGUCUAGUUAGAAUUUCUGUACCUCGAAUUGUACAUCGAUCUAUCAAUAAUUUAGUGUACGUUGCCUAAAAUUGAACUUUGAAAACUGAGAUUAGUAAUUUGGUCAAGGUACAUGAAAUAAAAGUGACAAUAUUCAUUUCCAUUAAUGUAUUAAUCAGAAUUAUUCUUUUUUACAAUAAACUAGAUUCGAAACAGAGGAAAUUGAUUUCAAUAGAAGUCCGUUUAGAUAAGAUGACAAUUUCAUGAUAUUCAAAGUUCAAAUUCAAGUUUAUACAUAUAUAUUCCAUGUGUAUAAUAUGUAGUACAUGUGAUUUCUUAUAAUCCACGCAACGCGCAAGAUCAUCUGGAAAAUGCUGAAAAAUCUGAACAGUAUUACCAAAUAGGAUACUUUUUGAACUAUAUGAACUAAAUUUAAACCCGAUUAUUCUUUUGGUUGAACCAGAUGAGAUGAUGGAUGUUGCCACUCCAACUCCUCAAGAUCUUCAAAGGAAGUUAUAUUUCUUAGUAGAGCAGCUCCAGCACAUGGCGAGCGAACUUCCUCCUAAAUAUCAAAUGCGUCUUCCAUAUGAAUUAUUAUCAGGCUUAGCCAAUUCUCUAUUAAACGACACAAUAUUCGAGAUUGUUAAAGGAUUGAUGGAGAUUCAGCAUGUAACAGAGAAACAUCUCUUCCAACAACGUCUUCAGCUUCUUAAUCAGCAGAAAAUCGAAAUGCAAGAGUCAUUAUCCUCUGCAUCAACAGAAGAAGAAGUAUCACCGAUAAAAGCUGCUUUAUACAAAAAACAUAAAGAAGAACUAAAGGAAAUGGAUAUGAAGUUAGUUUUGCAAUUGGAUCAGAAAGUAGCAGACCAACAAAGUAUUUUAGAAAAAGCUGGUGUACCAGGGUUCUACGUUACGAACAAUCCGACAGAAAUACAAGUACAAAUGAGACUUUGCGACUUUAUAAUUAGAUUAAGCAAAAUGGAAGUUCCAAGCUGAUAUACAAGCUGGUUUA